GUGAAGUGAAUAAGUGACAUGUGUGAGGUGUUUUCCUGAAGAAGAAUUGAGUGCAAAAAUGGUUAGGAUUGCAUGGGUAGAAUUUUUCCUGAUAGUUUUUUUGAUUCCUCUGAAAGUGGUGAUUUGUGAGGAAAUUCUGGGCUGUGGAGGUUUCAUCAAGAGUCAUGCUGCAAUAGAUUUUUCCAAAGUUGAGAUAAAAUUGUUCACCAAGCAGGGUAGCCUCAAAGAUAAGACUGAUUGUUCACCAUCCAAUGGAUACUACUUCAUCCCAUUGUACGACAAAGGGGAGUACAUUCUAAAGAUAUCUCCUCCACCGGGAUGGAGUUUUGAGCCGGAAGAAGUUGAACUGGAUUUCAAUGGGGAGAAUGAUGUUUGUAGUCUGGGCAGGGAUGUUAAUUUUGUCUUCAAGGGUUUUGGCAUUAAUGGGAGAGUGACAAUUCUUGGGCAGAAAAAUGAAGGAGCUCAGGGAGUUCGGGUAGAGUUGCAUGAUUCAAAGAAUGAAGAUAUCCGGAGAACUGUGACGGAUUCCCUGGGUAAUUUCUUCUUCACUCCGGUCAUUCCGGGAUCUUAUAGGAUUAGAGUCAGUCAUGAUAGGUGGCACUUUGAAAAAUCCGAGAUCACCGUGGAAGUCAGUAGUGGGAAUACGGAAUUGGCUGAGAAUGCCCUCCAGGUAACUGGUUUUGAUAUCCUGGGGAGAGUUUUGAGCGAUGGUCAAUCUUUUGGGAAUAUUGCUGUUGCCCUGCUUCCGGAGAAGGGCGUAAAGCACAGCCCAAAGUGUAUGACUUCCCAGUCGAUAGACAUUAGCAGUGAAAGGGGAUAUUCCGGGAUGCCAAUUUGCAUCAGUACGAGUGAUUUGCAAUCCGGAUCAUUUGUAUUCAGUGGAGUUAAUCCUGGGAAAUACCUUAUUAAACCAUUUUUCACACAAACCGAUAUUAAAUACAAUAUUGAACCGGAGUUCCUGGAAGUUCUGGUUGAGAAAGACACAAUUGAGAUUCCGGAGCAUUUUGAGGUGAAGGGAUUCAGUGUAAUUGGCAGGGUUCUGACCAGUAAGAGCAGUCAGAAGGGGAUUAAGAAUGCCAUAGUCAAACUGGAUGGGAUUCAAGUGGCAGCUACGGGGGAUGAUGGCACUUACAAAUUCGAUAAUAUCAAGUCCGGAAGUCACAUGGUACAAGUAACUGCCGAAAAUGUCCAAUUUAAUGAUAUUUCAGUGGAGAUUGCAGCCAAUAAUCCUAGAAUCCCUGAUAUUCUGGUGUCAGAAUUUAAGGUUUGUGGUCAGGUUGUGUCCAGUGUGAGCCACAGGGUUUCAAUUGUCGGCGAGAGGGGAUUUCAUGUGGAUUUAGAGACUCCAGCAGAGGGUUCAGGGGGAUGGUGUACUUACCUGCCGAAUGGGAAGUACAUUGUCCAGGUGCUUCUGUCAGAGGCUGAGAAAAAUUCCGGAAUGCAAUUUAUUCCGCAAAAACAGAAUAUCGAAGUGAAUUCUUCUCCUCUGUCGGGGAUUCUCUUCACUCAGCUCCGUGCGAGUGUUUCCGGAGAGGUUAUGUGCCUUCCGGACGCCAAUACCGCCUGCAAAGAUAUCACAAUAACCCUGAAUUCUGUCGAUAUGACAGGGAAUGGAAAUGGGCAGUACAUAAGUGCUGUGCUGAAAAAUGGCCAGUUCACAUUCACAGAUGUCAUGCCGGGAAAGUAUGAAGCUACUGUCCAGGACACCUCACUCUGCUGGGAAUCAUCUCGGUAUUUGUUUUCUGUCCAAUCAGCCGUGGAAACCAUCCCGGCAUUCAUUCACAGUGGCUACAAAGUCACAAUAAUUGCCAGUCAUGUCGUUCAGAUGAAGUAUCUCUGGAAAAAAGCUCCGGCAAAUGCAACAGCCUCCAAGGAAGAUCUCCAGGUGGGACUGAAUUUCUUCUGCGUGCCCAAGGAAGGACCAUACAGUGUGGAAUUUGAAUGGAAUCACCAAUACGAUCCCAAAGAAAUUCCCAAGGAAUUCUCAACUGGAGCUACUGCUCCCUAUUUUGUCACUUUCUCCAAGCAUCGGAGUAUCCUGGGCAGAAUUGAACCCCCAGUGUCUGGUGUCCAACUCAAAUUGACUUUCCCAAACAAUCCCGAACUUAUUGAUCUCCUGACGGAGAGUGACAGCAAAGGAGAGUUCAAAUUCACCGCUGUUGAUGCUUCCGUAGACAUUGACAUAACAGCAUCGAAAGAAUCCUAUGAAUUCUCCGCCCUGGACAGGAAUACCAAUGUGAUCCGUGCAAAAAAAUUAUGCGAAAUUGUAGCUACCCUCCGGGAUGAUGCAGGAAAUCUCCUUUCCGGUGUCCUCCUUUCACUGUCCGGAGGCGAAAGUUACAGGAAAAAUCUCGUAACUGGCGAUGACGGAGUGAUUAAAUUCCAUUCCCUCUCUCCCAGCCAGUAUUUCCUGAAGCCCAUGAUGAAGGAAUACAAAUUUGAUCCAGUCUCCAAGAUAAUUGACGUUGGGGAAGGAGCAACAAUUAAUGUUGAGCUCAUUGGACGUAGAGUGUCCUUUUCUGUCUUUGGAUCUGUCCUGUCACUCAAUGGAGAACCAUUUGCCAAUGUCCUCGUGGAAGCAGUAUCCCCUGAUCACCACGAAGAAACAAAUAGCGAUGCAAAUGGCCAAUAUCGCAUCCGAGGACUACAACCUGGCCACACGUACGACAUCCAAGUGAAAAAGUCCGGAAACUCCCAAGUGGACAGAACAAUCCCCUCCAAACGCGUAAUCGAAAUGACAAACUCAGACGUAAAGGAUGCAACGAUAAUUGCAAUCAGUCCUCUAGGAUUUAUCGAUGUGUCAGCUCGUAUAAUGGCCUCCAACAAUCAACACUACAAAUCCCUCAAGAUAUCCCUCUACAAGAAAGGGAACAUAGACAAACCCGUCUAUUCCCAGAGAGUUGACUCCCCAUUGAACCUAAAAAGCAACAUCAAUCCCGGAGUAAUGGUAUUCUUCCCCCGGAUACCAUUCGACGGCAAGAGCAUUUACCACGUAGACUUACGGACAACCCUCUCAGACAAAAACUUCAAGUUCAAACAGCCAAGUGUUCAAUUCAUAGCCAAUGAGAGUACAAUCUUUGUCGAAUUGAAUUUCAAUGCAGACGUCAGGACGACGGAUGGUGACCUAAAUCCCAAUUCAAUUGCAGCUCUAGUGCUAAUCCUCCUGAUAGGCUUUGGGUUCAUGAAGCAGGAUCUGGUGAUUGCAUGGGGAAAAAUAGCAUGGGAUAGGAUUUAUGCAGCUGUCCAGGAUGCCAUUGACAAGAGGAAACAGAAGGAAAUCACAAAAUUCGAUGAGAAUUUCGAUGAGAAAGAAUUAGAGAGAUUGGCUAAAUCAAUUAAUUCGGUGAAGAAGAAGAAAAUCAAGAAAAUUAAUUAAAAAAAAAUUAAAAAAAAAACAUUCUGUAGUGGAGGGAGUAAAAUAAAGAAAUUUUUGUUGGUA